AUGGCGGCACAACAGCUGUACGAGAGUGCUCUCGCCUUUGUCGGCAAGCACUCUCCCGAGCUCGCAGAGCAGCUCGUCAUCACCAACGCCACCCAGACACAGGCCAUGCUCUACGGCGACAUCAACCUCGACGCCUUGUCGUGGUUUGAGCGUCUCUGGGCAAACUACUACAUCUACAUGGGCAACGCCAUCCUCGCCACUGGCCUCAUGUCGUUCCUCCUCCACGAGAUCGUCUACUUUGGCCGCUGCAUCCCAUGGCUCAUCAUCGACGAGAUCCCCUGGUUCCACCAGUGGAAGCUCCAGCCGACCAAGAAGACCACCUGGGCCCAGAUCUGGAAGUGCACCCGUGUCGUCCUCCUCACCCACUUUACCUGCGAGGCCCCCCUCAUCUGGCUCUUCCACCCCAUCUGCUGCUACUUUGGCAUGUCGACCUUUGAGGUCCCCUUCUCGCCCCUGUGGCUCAUGGCGUGCCAGAUUGCCUUCUUCUUUGUCUUUGAGGACACCUUCCACUACUGGGCUCACCGCGGUCUCCACUGGGGUCCUCUGUACAAGAACAUCCACAAGCUGCACCACGAGUUCUCGGCGCCCAUCGGUCUCGCCGCCGAGUACGCGCACCCCAUGGAGGUCAUGAUUCUCGCACAGGGCACCAUCUCGGGCCCUUUCCUGUACUGCCUGUUCCGCCAGGACCUGCACAUCCUGACCGUGUACAUCUGGGUGACGCUGCGUCUGUUCCAGGCCGUCGACGCGCACUCGGGUUACGACUUCCCUUGGUCGCUCCGCCACUUCCUGCCCUUCUGGGCCGGCGCCGACCACCACGACUUCCACCACAUGGCGUUUGUCAACUGCUUCUCGACGUCGUUCCGCUGGUGGGACUACUGCCUCGGCACCGACAACAAGUACCACGCGUACAAGGAGCGCGUGGCGUCCGCCAAGGCCGGCGACCGCGCCGCCGUCGAGGCCUCUGAGAUGAAGAAGGUCGAGGCCGACGGUAUCGCCGCUGAGCGCGAGGUCGUGUCGUACGACAAGGUCAAGGCCCAGUAA